AUGGCGACGUUCUCAAACCCGCUCAGCGGGAAAUUGAAACCAACAUCCACACCGACAAAGAGAUAUCACCCUUACACUCGGAUGAUCAGGAAGGAAGUUCAUCGUGUUUAUGACAGAAUAUAUGCCACCGUCUAUGGUCAUUGUAUUGGAGAUGCCCUCGGUUUGCUGACAGAGACUUUGACAAGAGAUGAGACAAAGAAGAAAUACAAGGAAGUGUACCAUAAGUUUGAACUGGUUCACAAGAAAAUAUUGCCAGACAGUCACAGGAGAAAGUGGAAGAUUGGAGACUGGACGGAUGAGUCGGACAUUAUGAUCCUAAUUUUACAAUCAAUUCUCAAGAACAAAGGAGAGGUAAUACCAAUUGACUUUGCGAAGCGGUUGAUUGAGUGGUCAGAACAUGGAUUUCCAGAGCUUGGAGAUGUGUGUGGUCUCGGACCAUGUCCUCAGGUUAAAGCUGUAAUCAAUCACCCACAGUUCUCAGAAACUCCUGAAAAAGCAGCAGAAAUUGUGUGGCGAGAUUCUCGUAAAUUGCUGGCUACUAACAGUGCUAUAUCUCGGACAGCAGUGAUAGGUGUUCACUGUUACCACACCAUAGGGAAGGUCAUCAAACACACACUGGACAUCUGUAAAGUCACACACCCAGAUGUAAGGUGUCAAGCAUCCUGUGUGGCAGUCACUGUUGCUAUAGCCCUAAUGCUGCAGAAAAAUGAACGACAUAUAAAGAAAAAUGGCAACUACAAUGUGGAUGGUAUCAUUGAUGAAACCUACAAGUACGCUGCCAGGAUACUAAGCACAGCAGAGGAGGUAAAGGAGUUGAAACGCUAUAUGUCCUAUUGCUCCCUGAAGGACCUGAAGCUUGAUGAGCCUGGACGUGCUAACUACACCUACAAGACCCUAGGGGUGGGGCUGUGGGCACUUCGUCAGAAGGAUUUCAGACAAGCCAUACAAGAUAUAGUGCUAGAGGGAGGCGAUGCUGAUGCCAAUGCUGCUGUGGCUGGAGCUCUACUGGGUUGUAAACUAGGGGUGGAGGCUAUCCCCCCAACAUGGAUAGAAUCUCUCAGUCAUCGUAUGUGGCUUGAUGAUAUACUGGAUGGGUAUUUUGAUAUUUUGGAAGGGAGGAAAACAUCUAAAGAAACAACGUUGUGA